AUGUACAUCAAAAUGCGAGGUAUAUGAUAUUAUGAAUUAUUUUCCGAAUUCUAAAGGAUUAUGGAAUUUUAUCCCAGCAGUUCUGAAAAUUCGUGAAAUCAGCCCUAAUUUCGAAAAAUAUUUAUUAGUCGAUGAAUAUUCCGAGGUCAAUUUUGAUAAUUUUGAAAACUUUGGAUCAGAAAAUAUAUUCAUUGGUUAUGCAUUAAAGGAUAAAGAGUGAGUUUAAUGAAAUUUAAAACCCAAGUUCUCCAUGAAAUGAAUCAGGCCCACAAUUAUCCAUCAUUUUGGUUUCAACUUACCGGAAAGUUUUGAAUAUCCACUUUUGUCUUCGGGAAUUUUAUUGAGUGCAGACAUUGUGAACAGGUAUAAAAACCGAAUAUGUAAUAUAAAUAUCAGAAAAACAUUUCAGAAUCGAGAAAACUAAAUCAAAUAUGAAGCUUCCAUCAUUUUUCAUUGAUGCUCAACAUGAACUUGCCGAAUUUUUAUAUACCAAUCUUCAAAUUAAACUCACACAUUUUCCCGAAAGUUUCUGCACUUUUUCCAAUAAAAUUAGAAGUUCAAAAUGCUUUGUCACGAGCCAAAAAUCAUUGUCAAUUUCAACAAUUUCUGAAGAUGAUAUUCAUAUCAAAAUCAAAACUCAUCACGGAAAUCAUAAAACCAGAAUACCAAUUCAGAAAAAGACGUGGACCUCAAAUUUGAAAAAUUUGGAAUAUUGUAGUGAUUUUGAAGAUAUUUCAAUACCAACAAUUGAUUUGAAACUAGGAAAUACUCAAAGAGGACAUUGUGCAAAAACAUGGGGAAUAAUGAAAAGAUUCAAUGGCUCAAAAUGGUUAUUAAUUGCUGAUGAUGAUACAUUGAUCUCUUGGAGUCGAUUGAAAAUAUUUUUAUCGAAGUAUAAUCCAGAGGAUCGAGUGAUAAUUGGAGAGAGAUAUGGAUAUGGUUUUGAUUAUGAUGGAAAUCGAGGAUAUGAUUAUCCAACAGGAGGUUCGGGGUAUGUUUUUUUGUUUUUUUACUACUAUAAGGUCUUGGAUAAGUUUUAUUUCAGUAUGAUAUUUUCUGAAUCUGCUAUCAAAUCUUUACUCGCAGUUUGCCCGAAUUGUUCAUCUCCUGAUGAUCCAGAUGAUAUGAUGAUUGGAAUGUGUGCUCAAUUAGCUGAUAUCCCAAUUAUUCAUUCGAAAAGUUUACAUCAAGCAAGACCCGAAGAUUAUGCCGAAGAAUAUUUGGAUUCUCAAUUCCCAAUCAGUUUUCACAAAUUCACGGAUACAGAUCCUAUCAAAAAUUACGAAAUGUAUUUGAAAACUGAUAAGAUCAAUGAUGAAUUAUAA